AUGAAGGCUGAAAGUUUUAAAACCACCAAGAGAUGCCUGUCUCUCGAAACUCUUGAGUACAUACACUCGGAUGGAGCUGAAUAUGUCGCAAGCACAAGGAAAGCUCAAAGAAGAGCAGUAUCGUUGGCUGAAGCUGCGGAGGAGGAAAAAAGCACUGGCUGCGCCCGUCGAGACUUCGUCAAUCGCAAGACGAAGAUGACUGCUUUCCGUAAUCCAAAGAGAAUAACCACUGUAUCGGAAGGAAAAUGGAGUAAAUUUCUCCCGUCCGAAGUACAACAUGCUAUCAUGUCGGUAAGAAAUCGUACGGGACCCGUUAACAACGAAAUAAGAUCAGAACAUCUGAAGAACUUUCCACCAGUACUUGUCAACAAUAUGGUGAAGCUCUUUACACAUUACCUGUCAGAAUGCAAGAUUCUUAAACAAUGGAAGACCAGCAGGGCCGUGUUCUUGUGUAAGAAAGGAGAUCCACAUGGCAUCGACAACUAUCGCCCAUCUGCUUACUAUCCGUCACCUACAAGCUCUUUACAAGAGGUUAACAGGAUUGAAAAUGUGUUAAAUAAAGGGCAGUCAUGUCAGCAAGUAGGACCACUCGAGAAAGCAAUGCGAAUGGUGGGAUGGGACGACAUGGAAGUGAAGGCUGACGGUCUUCAGCUGAGUCUGAAAAAGACUAUGUUCAUGCGAAACGGAUGGGUCUCAGAUGCCUCAUUCAUGUUUGACGGAACGAACAUAUCUGAAUGCACCAACUACGUUUAUCUCGGUUGGGAGAAGAACAUGAAGAACGUCCUGAGCUCCCCCAGCUGCGCAGGAGGAAACGAGCUGCUUGGGGAGUUUAUAAGAGCAUCGAGGAUGUACUUAAGAAGACCAGGAUCACCUGGCUCCGAGCUCACCUCUUCAACACCACAGCACUUCUUUCUUUGA